GGCAUGUCCUGCGGGGUACAGCGGCCUACUGUACCAGGUAACGGGACUUCUCCUUCGUUUCUCAUCGUCACUUGGAAUUCAGUAUGCUAAUGGAAUUUGACUGGUUCUAACUGGCACCUACUGACUUAAGCAAGUAUCACCAUGAUGUAGUCGGGUAUAACUUGGAUGCGUGCAUACUUAUGUUGCAGGAGUGCUUGUUACCAAAGCGUCCGAUAGUCCGAUCGGACGGAAAUGGACCAACAUUAGACAAUGACCAACUGGCCAGAUUCGUACUACAAACACCCGCUUCAAUACAAAAGAGCAGCCAACUGGACUCCCCUGAACGGGUUAAAGAUCGGAGCACUUCCACUUCGCCCGCACCUGCUGCGUAGAGGUACUCAAAAUUUUAGUGGUGUGUAAGACAUCCCACCCAAUCGGCAACCUCGACUACUUUACAAGAGACGGGAGUUAGCCCAGUCAUCCAUCACGCACUUUACCAUGUGUUUCGGGAGCAAAGACAAGGCCGACGAUACGCCCGGUCCUCGACCAGCACAGCAUCAACAGUCACCACAGGCUUCAGGAAAGGUCAACAUGCCUUCACCGGCGCAGUCCCACUAUCAGCAGCAGCCUCAAUGGCAGCAGCAGCAGCAGCAACAGCAACAGCAACAGCCAGCUCAUGGCGACAGCAGUCAGAAUGACUAUGCCCCUCCUUCGGGACCACCUCCAAACUUUGGGCAUAGCCAGCAACACUCCAGCACCGACUACGCUCCUCCGUCCGGUCCUCCUCCGAGCUGUGGACAUAACCAGUCCUCUACAAAUGAUGAUUUUGCCCCGCCACCUGGUCCUCCCCCUACCCACACCAGACCGAACCAAAGCAACCAUGACUUUGCUCCUCCUCCUGGCCCUCCUCCCUCCCAACGUCAACACCAUGACGAUUACGCCCCUCCUCCUGGCCCUCCUCCCUCCCAUCACCGACCGCCGGUGAACGACGACUACACCCAGCCUCCUCCCGGCCCUCCACCUUCCCAGUUCCAGUCCGCCGCCAACAAGCAACACGACUGGGAAUCCUUCGUGCCGGACACGGCUCUCUUCCCCCCUCCUCCGGCCUUCUUCACCGGCUACGACCGCUCGCAUACCACCAACGCCACGGAAGAAGAAGCCAAUGCGGGCGAAGCCUGGUGCGUCCAAAAUCCGCUGACGGCACCGAUGGAUCUGGACCCAGUGGCGCUCGACGCGCUUCGCACGCACAACAUCCGGCUCAUGGCGUCCCCGCAGUUCCGCGGCAAGCUCGACUGGGUCAGCCAGGGCGUGUGGAAGGGAAAGACGGAGAAGGUGGCGGGUGAUGCAUGCAUUAUCAGUUACCCGCCGUUGUAUUGUGUCAAGUAUGACUCGCCCUUGAUCCCUUCGGCCGCCGCCCAGAGGACAAAGUCUAUUUACUACGAGGUAUCAAUCCCUCCUCCUCGUUCGGCGGCAGCAUCUAAUAACCACCCCUUUCUGGGCGGCGGUGGAGGAGGAGGAGGAGGCAACGACGACGAAAUCACCCUAGCGCUAGGCUUCACAGCCCUUCCCUACCCGGCCUUCCGCAUGCCAGGCUGGCACCGCGGGUCGCUGGCCGUGCAUGGCGAUGACGGGCACAAGUACGUCAACGAUCGGUGGGGAGGCAAGGAUUUUACGAGGCCGUUCAGAAGGGGGGAGACGUACGGUAUCGGUAUGACGUUUACUAACACCGGCGGAAAGCUGGAUGUGAAUGUCUUUUUCACGAGGGAAGGGAGAAUCACAGAACAGUGGGAUUUGCAUGAGGAAGGUGAUGCGGAACAGGACUUGCCGGUUACGGGCUUGGAGGGGUUUCAUGAUUUGAGUUGUGCUAUUGGAACGUAUUCGGCUGUCGAAUUUGAGGCUGUCUUUGAGCCGAGUAGGUGGAAGUUUAGGCCGCAGGGCUUGUGAGUGGCUUUGGGGGAAGUUUGACCUGAGAGAUGCGAGUUGGAGAGAGAGAAUGGGCAAUGCUGUGAUAUCAUGUUAUGAUAUUUUUAAGGAUCAGGGGUUUCUUCUACUCCGUCGCUGUCUGUGUUUGUUUUCCCCUCAUGCUGGUAUCACUCGGAAUCAAGGUACGCGAUACUCAUUCCUAGGACAAGUUGACAAAAUGUAAACCCACA